AUCAAGUCUUAAGUAUUUAUUAAAUUAAUUUUUAAGCACAUAAUUAUAACUAAAAUGAGUGAUUUUUUGUCGCCCAAUAUCAAAGUUGUUAACACUGAUGACUGUGACAAUCAUAUUACACAACACCCGUCAAUACCCUAUUACGAGGCCAUACCGUUGGGUGGCAUCGCUCCGGGAUAUGUGAUCAUAAUUCAGGGCACAAUUCCCGACGGGAGUCGACGAUUCUCGUUGAAUCUGAUGGUCGGUUCGGUGAUCACCGAAGAGCUCAAGACAUCGGCGGACAUAGCCUUACACUUCAACGCCCGCUUUGACGAGACAAUUGUCAUCAGAAACAGCCGUCAGAAUGAGCUCUGGGGCGGACNUAUUAUUUUGUGGCAAAACAUUAGAUUCUCGUUGAAUCUGAUGGUCGGUUCGGUGAUCACCGAAGAGCUCAAGACAUCGGCGGACAUAGCCUUACACUUCAACGCCCGCUUUGACGAGACAAUUGUCAUCAGAAACAGCCGUCAGAAUGAGCUCUGGGGCGGACAGGAGGCUGAGCUGCGAGUCAUGCCAUACACGGCGGGCGCGCACUUUGAGACCAUGAUUCUGGUCGACCACAACGGCUAUAACGUGACGGUCAACGGACACCACUUUUGCCGAUACGCGCACCGCAUAUCGCCGGCAGUGGUCGGCGUGUUUGGUGUUGAGGGCGACAUACAGUUGGCUAGUGUUGAGUACCGGCGUCAGUGGUGUCGACCAUCGCUUACGAGACGGCCAUCACAUGACGGCAUUCAGAUAGUGAGGCCCCGACUCCCGUUCCACCACUGGUUCCCGGAGGGUUUGAAACCGGGACACGGGCUGAAAGUGACGGGUCAGGUGUCGGCCAACGCCGACCGGUUCGCCAUAGACUACGUCCGGUUCACUAACGCCUUCCCACACGUGUUGGACAUAGCGUUUCACAUGAGGGUAUGGUUUGGCCGGACGUGCGUUGAUAUGAACCACUGUCUGGACGGCGAGUGGGGACACGAGUUGACUGUCUAUGGCUAUCAGGAGCCGCACGGCUCCAGAGGCGAGCUGUUUAUGGGUCGCAGACAUGGGUUUCCCUUUUUAAAGGGCGAACACAUUGAGGUGACGGUACGGACAGAUGUGCGACACUUUACGGUUGAGGUGAACGGCCAUCGGUUCACUGAUUUCCCGCAUAGAGUGCCAAAAGUGUUUGAUUUUAUCAAUGGUUUGAUAAUUAACGGCGAUAUCGAUGUCCACGACAUUAGGUUUCUUCUCGACGAUCGCCGAAAGUCAUUGAUUCCGUCGUAA